AUGCGGUCUCAUCUGCAGUCUGCCGUCCUUUUCUCACUCUGCCUCAGUCCGGCGGUGGCCACCCCGUAUAUCUACCAUCGCCGGCCGGUCUUGCAGGAGUACCUGGGCCCCGAGGCGGAUGAAAACCCACCCCAGCCGACGGAGCCAUAUGACUACGUGGUAGUCGGCGGCGGAGUAACUGGCCUCAUCGCAGCCGGCCGCCUGGCUGAGCAUUACAAUGUGGCUGUAGUUGAGCGGGGCGGAUAUUAUGAGGAGAGGACAGGCAACCUGAGUCAAGUUCCGGGAUACACAGAACUCUUUGACAACAGCAACACUCCUCCCCGCGAUGAUGUGGAACAUUGGUGGGAGAUUCCCGGGACGCCGGAAACCAAUAACCGCGCCUUGAACUUCACUGGUGGAAAGAUGACUGGUGGCAGUCAUGCCUUCUCCUAUUUUGGUUACCUGCGUCCAACCUACGGAGCCAUGCAAAAAUGGGCCGAUGAGGUUGGGGAUCAGUCCUGGACCUACCCCAACACAGAGGAAUAUUUCGACAAGUCCAUCAAGUUUACUCCUCCUAAUUCCACUACGCGCUUGGCCAAUGCUACACCCGAGUAUGAUCCCAGCCUCAAGGGCACUGGGCCUCUGGAGAUUACCUACCCGCGCUGGGUGCACCCCUUCAGCACUUGGUUGGCCAAGGCCUUUGAUGCUCUGGGGGUCAAGCAUACCCUGAGUUAUGCCAAUGGCGAGCUUCUUGGCUCCAGCUGGAUCCUAGACACCAUCAACAGCACCGACGGCACCCGGAGCACCUCUUGGACAGCCUACGUCAAGAAUGCCCCGCCGCCAAAGAAGAAGCUCGAUAUCUUCACCUACACCCUCGCGGAAAAGAUCCAGUUCGAUGGGACCAAGGCCACGGGAGUGGUCGUCACCCGCGAAAUUCCCAACAAGUCCGGUGGUCCCCGGUCAAUUGAGCAAUUCACCAUCGAGACGAAGAACGAAUAG